AGUCCUGUCCUUCCAGUCCCUGUCUUGUCGCUUUCCUCUGCCUGCCAGCUGGGACUUGGACUGCCAACCCCCACUUCCGAUUCUCAAACUGAAACCAUCGAUCCAGUCGCAAUCAACCCACACUCCCCCUCAUUCCUACUACAUACUCUCUUCAGACUGCUCUCCGAUCAUUAUCCUAUCCCCUAUAUAAACCUCCCAUCCAUCCUUCCCACUCGACCGAUUCUUGCUGACCGAUCGAUCUACUAAACUCAUCCGCUCCAACUCACUCCCUCUCCCCCCCUCGUCUCUUCCCUCUCCUUCGGAUCCGAAGCCAUCAUGACCCGGAUCAAGCGGAGUUGGAAGAAGGCUCCCGAAACGAAUCCUAAGGUCGUCGUGCUCAUCAAAGAAUUCGUCCAACUUCCCGAUCACGAGUUCAUCACUGCCCUCGAAGAUGCCAUCAAAGCCGGUUGGCAAUACCCUCGCUCCGACCUCAUGUUCUGGAUUCCUGUUCUCAAUCGAUUUGACGCCUACCUGGAAGCGACCAUCAAGGAGUAUGAACUGCGAGGUCCGGGUAGUAAGAAGGAGAAAGAUUCAGAUGGCAAAGAGAUCAAGGAGAACGAUUCGAAUCGGAUCGGCGUCCAGCUCACCGACUUUGCCCCGAUCACCAAAAGGAUGACCCUGGCUAUCUUCGGAUUCAUCAAGCUCUUACUCGAGAAUUGUACCAACCGAAAACUCUUUUCCUCUUACGACCGACUCAAUGACUUCUUACUAACAACCGACACCGACGUCCUUCUCGCCAAUCUCCGGCUUAUCCUUCGCUCGGCCCAACAAUGGAGCGUCCAGCAUCAAGAUAUGAACGGCGGCUUUGGUAUCUCUCACUCCAGGCUUCUCGACCUGCUCCAGAGCUGGUCUUCGAUCGGCGGAACGGAAACAACUAGUCUCACCUUGGUCGAUCUCAUCCAACAAUCUCUCUCCACCCCCUCUAAGGCCGAGGACUCCAAUAUGGAUAUCAAUUCCGUCCAGUCUAACCCACCGCGUCACUCUCCCGAGGUCAACUUCCUCUUUUAUCGCAAGGUUGAUCCCAAGCCGACCAAUCAGCCUCCCCCUGAGGCCAAGCCGGCCCCAGACGAAAAGGGCAAAGGAAAGGAUGUAUUGACCGGCCCAUCCACCUCUUCAUCCAUCCAACCCUCAAGUUCCUCAACCCAGCCGGUUCAUGCUCCAACUACUCCAACCCCAAAAGGCCGAUCCAAGGACAAAUCUUCCGCCCCUCAUACUUCCCCCACCCAGCCCCCUGCUCCAGUGGAGGGCUUAGCCACCAUUCACGUUUCCGCCGACACCAUUGCUUCUGGGAGGCGACCCCAGGAUAUCUUGGCUGAUCUCAUCGAGCAACAUCAGCUCCCCAUCGACUGUCGAUUUAAGCUCUUUCAUCGGAUCCGGAUCGCUACGGCCCUUAGGAACUCACUAGAUGUUCGGCGAUUUGCCGUCGUCCGACUCUUGGCUCUGGCAAUCUAUACCCAUACGACCGACGAGACCACCGCUAUUUCGAAAUUGUUUAUCUAUGAGCCCGGUCUCAUAGCUCAACUCAGCGAGCUCAUCAAUCUGGAAAUCGGUGGAGACGGUCUCGGUGGCGACAUCCAGGCGGCCGCCUUCUAUGCAUUGGAAGGUAUUUCCAGAUAUCGUGGCAAGAUUGCUGAAGUCGCUGGUGCCGUUGGCGUUUCUGUCAGUCACGGUACUUUGAUGCAGGUAGUACGGAAGAUGGCAAAGGAACUCGAACGUGAGCGAGCCGCUUGUAAAGACGAGUUCAUCGACUCGUUAUUCUGCUUCCUAAGCUGUCUUCAGCUUAGCGUCUAUGCCGGCUCUCUCCUCGUUGGCGCUGGUGUCGUCCCUGUGCUUGUCGAUAUCUGCAAGAACUCUCAUCCCAAUCAAAUCGGUACCGUGAUUCGAGCUGUUACGAAUCUAGAUGGCCUCCUCUAUGGAUUCACCUCGGCGUUUGCCCUCUUCAACCAAGUCGAUGGCCUCAAGGUGUUUGUUAAUCGGAUCAAGGAGGAGGUCGACAAAGCGAUUGCCGAGCACCCUAUCGACGCCACUUCAUCUUCCAAACCAUCCGAAUUACUCAUCGGUAUGCUCUCACAUUCAUCCGCCGGCCUCCUCAAAGCGCUUUUCCGCUCGAUCCAGCGCUUGCUCACCUCAGCCGGAACCUUAGAGAGCGUUCGGAACUUGACUGAAACUCAACUACCGCUAUCCAUCAAGCUGAUCAUUCAAAAUAAGGCAGUCUUCGGUUACCAGAUCUAUUCCCUCGCCAUCAACAUGAUGUCUACCUUGAUUCACAGCGAGCCGACCUCACUGGUAAUACUUCAAGAAGCGGGCUUACCUGAAGCUCUAUACGAUGCAAUCGACAGUGGUAUCGAGCCGGCCUUCGAUGUGAUUGCUGCGAUACCGUCCGCUUUGGGCGCUCUCUGUUUGAACGAUGUCGGUUUGCAACAGUUGAACGAUCGUCAAGCUAUCCCGGCCAUCUUCUCGGUCUUCACGUCUGAAAGACAUGCCCGGAUUCUGCGGGACAGGGACCAUGCUUCCGUGGUUGGUAGCACUAUUGACGAGUUGAUCCGCCAUCAACCUUCUUUGAAAAAGACGGUACUUGAUGCCACUUUGACCUUUCUGAACGAGAUCGAUCGCAUCGGAAAGGCCGUUGACAUCAACGGGAGUCAAAUCGUAAAUGUUCAGCUGAAGACUUGCCCUGAGGAAAGCUCGCAAGCGGCGAUCGAAGGUUCCAUGCCGUCUGUUGCGCAAGUUCCUGCCCAAAACACCCUUCAAGACGUCAUCAUGAGCGAAAAUCAAGUUGUACCGACCCCAGCUGCUAGUCUUUUCCAAUCGACCACGGGUAGUGUUAGCAAGAAGGAAAAGGAGAAAGAUGAAAAAGAUCAUUAUUCUAACAACAUGGUGCUAUUGUUGAUCGACGUCGCCUGCAGGUUGCUCGAGUCGAUGUUGCAAAAUGUGGCACACUGUCAAGAUUUCAUCACAUUAGGUGCACUUGACUUAUUGCUGGGCCUCCUCCGACUACCUUCGAUCCCUUACGAUUUUGCUACCACACCUGCUGCCGAAGCUUUCAGCUCAACCAUUAGGGUUGUCACUGAAACUUUGCCCCGAGAAACGCUAACGGUGGUAAUGAAGCAACUCCGUUCGGAUUUGGUCGAAAUCAAACCGUUUUGGGAGACUCUUCGACCAGAGUCAGAAAUGCUAAAGAUGGUCUCACCUACAGCCGCUGAUGUCGAUGGCCACAACCACGUCUUCCGUCGCUUGAUCUCAAUCCAAGCGUACAUUUCGUUCCUGAGUGAUAUCUGCGUCGCGAGUGGCUACUCUCACACCCGAACCGCCGCUGGCAUCCUCGGAGUUUUCAACAAUGCUGAAGAAUCCGAAACAGUAACUUUCCUGGGCGCUCUUCAACGUGUGGUCUUCUGGGAGCACAUUUUGAUCAAGGCGUAUGCUCCCAAGCCUUGGUCAGAUGGGACUACCCCAGCUACAACCUUCAGCUCUACUAGUGUUCCGGUCCCAUCCUCCUCCUCCGGUACAGUCUCCAUUCCGGUUCUUCCUCCGAUUGGCGACCAGAAUCAGAUUGGUUCUGUCACAACGAUUCGAACUAAUGCCAUCUCCAAUACCGAAGCCGUUUCGAUGACAUCAAAUGGUCGCUCUGAUUCAAUCACAGGAAAGCCGGCUGAAACCACUGGGACUCCUGCUUCCGAAUCAUCAAUUGAGAAUGCCAAAGCCUUACGGUCUAUUGCAGCCUCGAUAUCACAGUCUCUCAAUCCCUUCUUCUCAGCUAUUAUCAAACUGCUAUCUUCUCGGCGAGUUACAGACGAGGCGUUGAAGAAACAAGCCCUUUACACUGCCAAUCUACUCGCACAAGUUUUAUCAGGACAUUUGGUAUGGCCGGGUGCAGAGGAUCAUUUUUCAAAUUUCGCAUAUCUCACUGUUUGUCUGAACACGGCAUCUCAGUUGCUGACUGAAGAACGAGGGAGCCGCUCGACCCUGAAUAGCCUCAUCCUGUCCCCCUUCUACGACAGUGGUGGACUGCAAACCAUACUCUCUCUCUUCAACCGUUACGUCGACCAAACCGACCUGCUUUCGAAGGAAGAAAACCGAACACCAGCUCAGAAUGUGUUACUGGUUCAUCUGUAUGGUGGCUUAAAAGUUGCCCUCGACUUACUUCAAACAUUGUGUUCCUCGAGUGCUCUCCUGGAAUCUCCACACACGGUGCUCCUCCAAACCUGGAAGGAUUUGGUCGAUCCACCCUUCGAUGCUCCCGGGUUACUAAUCUCAAUGCGCGCGAGGAUCUUGGCUGACAUACAACGUCUCUGGCGCGCCGAGUGGUUGAACACUUCACCCCCCAAUGUCGUCCGUGGGGUUGUCAAGAUCCUACUCGAUAUCAUCAAAGCUGAUGGCGAGGCUUCCCCGGAACCAGCGGCAGUCGUACCUUUUACCGCGGUCGGUGAUUUGAUGGGAACGGCCAAUACGUCUUUGGACCGAAUCACAGGAGCAUUGGCUGGAGGGGUUGGAGGCAUGCCUGGUUCUAGCUACCUUGCAUCUGCCUACGCACUGACAGGUGGGCGUCCACCUGCGGUACCGGAUGAAGGAAGAAUCGCUAGUCUGGUGGACAUGGGCUUCCCACGUUCUGCUUGCGAAACCGCGCUGGCAAGAACUCAUAACAACCUCAAUCUAGCCACUGAAUUCCUCCUCGCCUCUCCUGUCCUAGUUCAGCGUGCUCGAGAUGAAGAAGCUUCAGCUGCAGCUACUGCCGCCGCCGCCGCCGCCGCCGCCUCCUCAUCAACAUCCGGGGACCAAGCCGUUGCAAAUGAAGAGCAGUCCCCCCAGGAAGAAAGCAACCAAGCUGCAGCUGACAGCUCACAUGUUGAACCUCUGGCGAAUCCUGAUGAGGUGAUGGUCACUCCUCGUCAAAGUUCGGCCUCCGUCCCUGCCCUGUCGAUUCCAUCUACUGACAGCGAACGAGCUUCGGAUACCAACGAUGUUUCAAUGGCCGAGGCCUCUGCUGAAGAUUCGGGGCCUGCGGACCCACAAGGCAGCACUGAAAAUUGCAGCUUUUCUGGAGACGAUGGACACACGACACCCAAGAUCCCAUCAGCUGAAGCGAAUGACCCGGCCAGCAACAAAACAUCGCGGCUAGAUGAGAUUCGUGCUCAGAUGAAAACUGCGCUGAGUGAGCUCCGGGACCCCUUGCGAGCAAUGUUUCUCAAACGCAGUUUAAUCCUUGCCGAAUCCUACGACGAACUUGCCUUCGAUUUGAAAACCGCCUUCAAAGCCUUUGAAAAGAAGUCUCUGGCUAACGAUAACAAAGCUUUCGAUGGUAUUGCCACCCUACUCAGUGACCUCGAAUCCCUCUCACCGCCAACUGAUACAUCCAACAAGGACCCGCUGCAAAACAACAUCUUAGCCAUCUCAGUCCGCUUAAGAAUGUUGGCCCUUCUGGCGAAUGACUCGUCUUUCGAAGCAUCCCUGCAUCGGAAUGCUAAAGCAUUGUUGCAAACCAUUGUAGCAUUGCUUCGAAAUGCUACCGGCUUGAUGAAUGAAUCACUCGAAGCCACCGAGAUACCCAAAUGGCUUGCUUCCUCUCUUUUGAUCAUCGAGGCCAUCUUAGCGUAUGUGAAGGACAAGCCUGCCUCCGAAGUUGAGCUCUCCAGGCCUGCCGCAGACGAGCUGAACGAGAAUGAUGAGGACGACGAUGAUGAGGAAGAAGAUGCCAAUAACUCAAUUCCAGACAAUGUUGCUUUCCUGGGAUUGCCUGCCUUAAUGAAUGAGCCUCGCCCCGCAACCGCUAACCAGACUGCCUCCACUUCAGCCUCCAAAUCAACGAAGACUCCGGAGGUCUCAAGCCCGGCAUUCAGUGAGCCAUCGGAAGAGGAUCUGGAGCUGCUUUUCCAGAUCUGCACCAAUGUACUCAGAUGCCAGCAGUGUGGUCGCCACGAUUUCCUAGCCGCAAUCCGAGUGCUUCUAAUUCUUACUCAGAAGCAUUCUGUUGCUGAAGCCUUCCUCAACAGUGGUGUGCCAUCAAUUCUCCUUCGCAGCUUCUCGUUCAAAACAGAGUCUCGAGGCUGUUUACCCUAUGCGGCAAUGUUACUCCGUCACACCGUCGAAUCAAACUCAGUCAAGCAAGCGAUUAUGACCAAAGAAAUUACUCAUUUUAUCUCUUCUCACGGCCGCGUCCGGCAAUCUGAUUUACCUUCCUUUUGUCGCCAUUUGGUUCCAAUGGCCUGGCGAGAUUGGUCAACGUUAAUGGAAACCAUUGCGGCAACUUGCAAGCUUGUCCCAAACAGCGGUACCACGGGUGGAUCAUGGCUUAUUGCCUUGAAUGACAAAAAGGAUCCAACGACCCAAGAAUCCGAUAAGGACGCUUCAAAUUCGACCUUGAAAAUUCCUUCCGGUGAGACAGCAGGAAGUGAAAUGCAAAUCGACGAGAUUGCACCAACUGAUGCUCAAAAACCUUCAGACGACGCACCUUGGAGACCUGCGGUCGAUGGAACAAUGCAGUUCCUGAUGUCUGAACUCUUGAAGGCCGGAAAAGACUGUCUAGCUCCGAGUGCAGUCGCAGAUCCCACGACCUCACCAAAUCUACCAGGAAUCAUUCGGCCCCCUAUCUUUAGUCAAGCCUCACAAAGCACUCGGAUGCCAAGCUUGGACAACGUUGACAUUGGGUCCACCGGUCCAAGUAGCGCUGCUACAACUUCAAACCUCUUGGCAUCUGCGCUUGGUGGAUCGACAAACAAACUAGAGAAGGCGGAUGAACAACAAGUUGCGGCUUUCUCUCAUGCAUGCUUUAUCAUGUCAUGGAUGAGCGAACUAUUGGCCUCUUACAACGAGUGUAAGAUCAGUUUUAUCAGCUCACAUCAUCGUAAGGGCAAGUCACCAGCCAAACAAUCAACAUCCUCAAGUCUUGCCUUCGCCGAUCUCAAAUCCAAGCAUGAGAUUUUGAAUUUCAUGUUAUGCGACUUGAUUCCGACGGGUCCUCUGAGUCAACCAAACACCACCGAAUCUCAGAAGAAAUCAGCCAUUGCUAGUUGGGCGAUCAUGGUUCUAGUCGCCCUAUGCCAUGAGCCCAACGCUGGCAAGGAACCCUCAGAUGUCGUCACAUCUGCUCGCUCGUUUGUUCUCAGUGGACUUGCACGUGCAAUUCAAGAUGCAAUUGUGUCCGAAGAACCUGUUGAUACUCGCUAUGGUCGCUUGUAUGCUCUCUCAGAUCUCACUUUCCGUCUCCUUACCGCCGCCCCCUUUGCCCAAAGACCCUCAGCAAGCCCCAGUGAGGCACCAAUCCAAAUUGCGAAGAUCAUGCUCGAGAAAAACUAUGCGGCUCUUCUAUCUAACGCUCUGGCCGACGUCGAUCUCAACUUCCCAUCUGUCCAACGGCUAUUGAACUCGAUCUUGAGACCCUUGGAGCACCUCACCAAGGCAGUCACCAAGAUCAGUCGAGCCUCAUCUGACCGAAAAAGUGGUGACAGUACCACCGGCCCUGCUUCAACAAUUGAAGUUGAAAGUGUGCCACCGACCGAAAGCUCAGUAGAAGAUGAAGAAAUGAUGCCUACCGAGGAAGAUGCCCCAGAUCUUUACCGAAACUCAGCCCUCGGUCUGUACGAAGGAGAGUUAGAGCCUGGAAACCGAGACAACUCGCCUAAUACAUCCGAGGAAGAGGAUCACUUUGAUGAUGAAGACGCAGAUAUGGAUGAUCUAGACGACGGGGCAAUGCUUGGCGGCAGUGACUUGUCAGAUGCUUCGGACGAAGAAGGUGAUGUGACCAUCGACAUGGGCGAACCAGAUUCGGAUACUUCUGAUGGCGAUCAUGAAGAUGAAGAUGACGAAGAUGAGGAUGAUGAUGACGACCAGGAUGACGAUGAUGACGAUGAUGACGAUGAUGAAGAUGAUGAUGGGGACGACGAUGAGGGUGAUGACCAUCAUGAAGACGAUGAUGAAACUGAUCUGGACAUGGGAAUCGCUGAUCGUGGUGUAGGUAAUACAAUUGUCAUGCCUCAAUCGCUGGAUAACGCUAAUGACCUUGAUGAGGAGGCCCGAAAUCUAAUGAACUUCCUGAACUCCGGUCCCCCUGAUUUAGGCCUGCCAGAAGGAGAUGAUCAAAUCAUCACUGCUGGUGGAGCUCGAGUCGAGAUAGAAGACAACUUGGAGGACGAGGAUGGUGGUUCGGUUGCAGAUCGAGCUCAUGCAGCCGACGAUGGCUUCGAAGGAGGCUCACUUGAUUUCGGUGAUGAGGUCGUAAUCGAUACUGGUGUCGGCGAGAAUCGUGCAGAUGCUGCUCCGUGGUCUUGGAAUGGCGUCUUGCCCUUCCAACCCCGAACGGAAAUUCAAACUGCUCCUGUUGGAUUAGGUGGUCAUCCUACUUUGCUCCACCAAGCUACAGAUAACGUGUUUGGCCGGCCACGAACUGGUCAACAGUCUAUGGGGAUUUCUACUCAUCCUCUUCUAGUCGAAGACUCCAGUAGGCCCUCUCGUAGUGAAGGCUUUACCCGUUCUCAUCGUCGAAUGGACAUCCGAUCCGGAUCAGUUGAUCAGUGGAUCACUGCUAUCGAAAACCUCCUCGGCGGUGGUGCUGGCCAGCUGAUCGAACACAUUCUUGGAACAGCUGCGUAUGGCCAACGUCCCAUUCACAUUGAUCUCGGACAAGGUCCAAAUGGCCCUUCCCUAGGUGGUGUUGUUAUUGAUCCUCAACGAGGCGUUGUGGUUCCUGUUGGCCCACAAGGCUUGCACACCCAAACCAAUCAACCUCCCCCAGCUAGUCGACUUGAUCGGCAUCUGGCCGAUCGAGUUGCUGGCCAGACUUUGAUGCCCCUGGCCACCCUCCCAAGAUGGUCUGAGGAGGCACGAGUCUUCCAACAAAUCUCUUCCUCUUCCGAAAACCCUGCAAAGAUUCAACGCGCGAUCUUCAACCUCUUAUCUCCACGUGCGAAGCAAGCAGCCAAAGAAGACCUACAGGAACGUGAGAAGUUUGUCAAGCUAGCCAGUGAAGCCCGACGUAUGCGUGAACAGAAUUUGGCUCAAUCAUCUCAAUCUGUACCUGCGCCUUCCACCGAUGCCGUCACAUCAACGACGCAUGAAGAAGAUGGCGUGUUGCCCAUGCCUGUUGAUGUUACUGGGAUUGCCGAAUCAUUGGCUCUUGUUAAUGCUUCUGCUGAUGAACCUAAUGCCCCUACUUCUCAACCCCCGACUAACGAAGAUGCUGAAAUGCAUGAUGGCACUGAUCCAGUCAACCAACCAGCUCAGGAGCAAUCAAAUCCCGAGUCUAUACCUGCUUCAAUACCUGAGAAUAAUGCCAUGCAAGGUGUGGACUCGCAGGAAGAUAUUGUGGAAGUGAUCAACUUGGCUCGACAGCUGGCCGAUAGGAUUGGUUCCACGGCUGAAGGGUCAAAUGCUCAGGAUCCUGUUGAACCUGCUGAACUGCCUUCAAAUGCCGAGUCUGGUGCUCCCCAGCCAGAAACCACGACAGAUCCAGCUCCUGAGGCCUCAGAAUCAGCCAGCGCUGCUCCACCAACAGCGCCAUCCGAGCGUGUCACCAUCACAAUCAACGGUGCCGAAGUUGAUAUCACCGAUACUGGAAUCGACCCUACUUUCUUGGAGGCGUUGCCUGACGACAUGCGAGAAGAAGUCUUGAAUCAACAUUUCAGAGAGCAGCGACCAGUCCGAGAAGAAUUAUCGGUCCCAGUUCCUUCCAGCAUCAGCACCGACUUUUUGGACGCUCUGCCUCCUGAAAUCCGGGCCGAGGUUAUUCGAUCCGAAGUUGCUGAUCAACAACGACGUCGCCGGGAAGAUUUAGCCCGGAACACCACUGCGGCUGGCAGUAAUCAGGCCCCAGCUGAUACUGAAAUAGAUCCGGCGACAUUCCUUGCCGGUCUUGAUCCAGGUCUAAGAGAAGCUGUGUUGCUCGAGCAAGACGAUGGAUUCAUCUCGACCCUUCCUCCAAAUCUGCUCGCCGAGGUUGAUGCCCUCAGAGAUCGUGUUCUCCGCCGGCAGCAUGCCGUCCGCUCAGGCCGUGCCCGUGAUCCUCUGACUGGUCUACCGGUCACUUCAGCCUCUCCGAUCCCCUCAGCAAGCAAGAAAGCCCCCGUCAAAGUUGAUGCCGUUCAAGUUCUUGAUCGUUCUGGUAUCGCUGCCUUAGUUCGGCUGAUGUUCUUCCCCCAACCUCUACGAAGGCACUCACUACAGAAGGUGUUGGUUAACCUUUGUGAAAACUCGCGCAGCCGUACAGAGUUAAUCAGUACCCUUCUCGGACUUUUGCAAGAUGGUACACGAGAUGCCGCAACAAUCGAUCGCAGCUUUUCGCAAGUCUCUAGUCGAGCUAGCAAAGCAUUGACACCGGUGACACCCAAGUCGACGACUAAAUUACGACGCGAGACUCAUGUCGGCCCACUUCCUCACUUCCCUGGUGAAAGCGUGCCAAACUUGAUUGCACUCCGAUGUUUGGAGGCCUUGUCGCUCCUCGUAACUUCCAACGAUCGCGUCCCGAUUUAUUUCCUGACCGAACAGGAAGUGCAUGUGGCUCUACACAAACGGUCUGCCAAGAAGAGCAAGGGUAAGGAGAAGACUAACACCUCGGUUACCUAUCCAAUCGUCGGUCUUCUCGCAUUGCUCGAUAGGGCUAGUCUCCUCAAGCACCCCAACCUCACAGAAUCAAUCACCAGUUUACUCGCUUUGAUUGGAAGGCCUUUGACUGCACUCGCCAAGAAACUAGAAGAAACCAAGAACCAGCCAGCCGUUGCUUCUACUUCCACUGCCCCUGUUGCUACUCUCAGCGAAGCCGUAGCACCGGCUGCUUCCGAAACGACAACCAGUCGGGCUACUGUCCGAACUGCCACUGCAACCGAUGCUAGACCUCCCCAGACUGCUACCGAUAAGUCCGACGCCCCUCCUACCACGCUUGAGAAAGCACCAGCACUUGCGGCACAUGACUUGCGCAUGAUUGUCAAUGUCCUCGACUCUGGUGAAUGCUCAAGCAAAACAUUCAGCCACACUGUCACAUUCAUCCAGGCCAUCUCCACCUGCCCCAAUGGUCGAGAGGUGAUCGCAGCUGAAUUACUUGAACGGGCUAAAUACUUGGGUGACGCUUUACUGCCCGACCUAGAUGAGCUUUCGGAAGCGAUUCGUGAAGCCCCAAACGCAGCCGAGGUGCGAUCGACUACACUAGCCAAAUUCUCUUCCGCGUCUGCCCAGCAAGCAAAAUUGCUCAGGAUCUUGAAAACCACUGAAUUCUUGGACGCACAUGCCAAGAAACAAGAAGGGAUUCAAUUGCCACUGCCUGAACCAACUUCACCCCUGACGCUGAGUGGGGUGGAUGUCACCAGUCCGACAAGUGUCAAGUCAACUCACGAGCCUCAAUCAUCCGGAAUUCAAUUCAAGUCCUUAUGGGAAAAGCUUAGUGAAUGUCUAACUCUAGUCCAAGAGCGAGAUGACAUGAUUCACAUCGCCACUGUGCUCUUACCUCUAAUGGAAUCCUUCCUAGUGGUCUGUAAACAUGCUGGAAUCAGUUCGAUCAAGUUACACCGCGGAUCACUGUCACCCAGACCAGAGGAGUUUUCAUCAGACGUCGUGAAUGGCUUCUUCCUGUCCUUUACCGAACGACACCGAAAAGUGCUCAAUACGAUGGUGCGCAACAAUCCUGGAUUGAUGAGCGGAUCCUUCUCGAUUCUAGUUCACAACCCCAAGGUUCUUGAAUUCGACAACAAACGUAACUAUUUCAGCCAGCAGUUACACAAGGCCCGAUCCCGUGAGCAAUAUGGCAACGUCCAGCUAAAUGUUCGCCGACCGCAUGUGUUUGAAGACUCAUUUCAUAGUCUGGCCCGUCGUACCGGAGAUGAAUUGAAGUACGGCAAGCUUAGCGUCAGGUUUUAUGACGAGGAAGGUGUCGACGCUGGUGGAGUAACUAGGGAAUGGUUAACCAUCUUGGUCAAACAGAUGUUAGACCCCAAUUACGCUCUCUUCACUGGUAGUGCGGCAGACUCCAAAACCUAUCAACCCAAUCGUGCCAGUGCUGUCAAUCCUGACCAUUUAGGAUUCUUUACGUUCUGUGGAAGAGUAAUUGGAAAAGCUCUAUACGACGGAAGAGUGGUCGAUGCGUACUUUACUUUGGCAUUCUAUAAACACCUUUUGGGCAUUCCGGUUGGCUUGAGUGAUCUGGAAUCCGUUGACCCUGACCAUCAUCGUUCUUUGAAGUGGAUGUUGGACAAUGACAUCGACGGGAUCUUUGAGCUUACCUUCAGUGUUGAAGCAGACGACUUUGGAUCAACAAGGAUCGUCGACCUUAAACCAGGAGGACAGGAGAUCCCAGUGACGAACGAAAACAAGGCAGAAUAUGUCCAAUUGCUCGUUCAAAACCGGCUGACAGUCUCCAUUCGGGAACAGAUCGAUGCCUUCAAGAAGGGCUUCGAUGAAAUUAUUCCCCGAGAUCUCGUCCGGAUCUUCUCAGCCACCGAGCUCCAACUCUUACUGAACGGUCUCCCAGACAUCAAUGUCGAGGACUGGAGAGCUAACACUGAACUGCAUCAGUUCCAGCAGAGCGACUCGACCGUUACAUGGUUCUGGAGGGCUGUCAGGUCCUUCGGUCAGGAGGAACGUGCUAAGUUGCUCCAGUUCGCCACCGGUAGUUCAAGAGUCCCUCUCGAAGGCUUUGGUGCACUUCAAGGUGCACAAGGUGCCACUAAGUUCUCGUUGGUUAAUGCACAUACGAAGAACGUUCUGCCUAGUGCACAUACAUGUUUCAAUCAAAUUGACCUGCCUUCGUACGACUCUUAUGAAGAGCUGCGUCGGAUGUUCUUGAUCGCUAUCAACGAAGGAUCUGAAGGGUUUGGCUUCGCUUAAGGAUCAAAGUUUGGUCAAACUACCAACCAUAUUAUCAUGUUAUAGGGAUGAUAUACCCUCUCCAACCCCUCUCAUGCAUAAGAGGUCGAUCACAGAAAGAGUCGACUAUUCAUCCAUCUCGUUUCUACGUCUCCAUGUUCUAUAUUUCUUUUUCUUCUCUUCGCUCUAACAGUCAGACCAGAAACAAGAUAUGUGUCGUAAUCUUGAUAUUUUCUUCUUUCACCUCGCCUGUUUCCUACCCUGUUGGUUUCUAUUCCAUUUACCCCCCCCCCCCUCUCAUUCUUUAUUUUUCAGAAACUAAAAAAAAGAGCUCCAGAUACAUAUUAUAACAGUCUGAUUUACUCCUCCUUUUCUGACUUAUCAAGUCUCAAUUAAUCUUAUCCCUUCAAGAGAAAUACUCACAAAAUAAAAAAUAUCCAAAAAAAGGAGUGGUUUUGUUAACUCAAGAAAAAAGAAUUU